CGCUCUUGCGUCCUCUCUCUGCGCCUGCUCCGCAGUAUCUGGGAACCGCCGAGGGAGGAGAGGGCAGCGCCGGCGCCCAGCACCUGCCACGGGCUGAAGUCUGUAAACCUGGAGAGACCUUCAGCAGUAAUCUCCAAAUUCCAAAAUGACUACCCUGCCCCCGCUGCCCAUGACACGCCCAAAGCUUACGACCUUGGCUAGACAGAAGCUGCCAUGCUCACCAAGAACAAUUCCAAGGUCUGAACUGAUCAAACAAAAAGAUGACAUAGAUCAUUAUCUGGAGGUGAAUUUCAAAGGAUUGUCAAAAGAGGAGGUUGCUGCUUACCGGAACUCGUACAAGAAGAACGUCUGUGUGGACAUGCUGCGGGAUGGUUAUCAUAAGUCCUUUACCGAGCUCUUCGCUCUGGCAGAGAAGUGGGAUGCCCUGAGGGAGGCUGCGAGGGUCCGAUCCCUCUCCUGGGCACAGAGACCCCUGGAAGAGCAGCCUGACAAGCUGGAUCACUUCUACUACUACCUGACCAGGGCUGAGACAGCUGAAAGGAAAGAAUACUUUGAAGAGGUCUAUAAUAACUUGUAUGCUCUGGCCUGUUACUUCAAUAAUUCUGAAGACAAGUGGGUAAGAAACCACUUCUACGAACGAUGUUUUAAGAUUGCCCAAGUCAUCAAAAUUGAUGGUGGGAAGAAAGAAGCCGAGGCGCGUGGACAUAUGGGGCUGCUCUUCGAGGAAGAUGGUCAGCUUCUGGAAGCUGCGGAGCAUUAUGAAGCCUUCCAUCAAUUGACGCAAGGGCGGAUAUGGAAGGAUGAGACAGGCCGCGUUCUCAACUUGUUGGCCUGCGAGAGUCUCCUGAGGACCUACAGAUUACUCUCAGACAAAAUGCUGGAAAAUAAAGAGUACAAACAGGCCAUCAGAAUUCUAAUAAAAGCUUGUGAAAUAGCCAAAGAAGGAAAUGACAGAAAGAUGGAAGGAGAGGCUUCCUAUUACUUGGGCUUAGCGCACUUGGCUGCUGGAGAGUAUGAGACAGCAUUAGCAGUCCUCAACACUUACGGCAAAAUCUCUACAGACCUGGAUGAUGAUCUCAGCCUGGGGAGAGCCUAUGAAGCAACGGCCAAGGUCCUGCAGAGCCAAGGACAGAUGGCAGAAGCAGUCAAAUACUUGAAAAAAGUUGUGAAAAUUGCAAGAAACAACUUUCAAAACCUGGAUUUUGUGAGAGCAAGUACAAUGCUUGGGGACAUCUACAAUGAAAAAGGCCACUACAACAAAGCUUCAGAAUACUUUCAGCAAGCUUUCAACACAACAGCAGACAUAAUGAACAUAUCUCUGAUGGAUGAAACUAAAGUUCAUUAUGGAAUAGCGAAAGCUCAUCAAAUGAUGCUGACGGUUAACAGCUGUAUAGAAACUGCAGAUCUCACCAGCCUUGACUACCUGCUGUCAUGGAAGGACAGUAGAAGUGACAUUACACCUGAUCCAACUACUGACCAGGUGCUGGUGCAGAGAAUCGUGCUGUGAUUAUAGAUUGAGUCCUCCACUACAACCCUCUCCCCAGCCAUGGACUCCUGAAUCCAUCUAACCUGAACACUACUACCAACUGGACCCCAGCAUGUCACUCUCAAAUGUGUACUUUUCACUCAGGUGGUACUCAGUGAAUAUCUGUUGAAUGAAUAACAACUGAAAAGGGAUUACCAGUAGACAGACACAGUGUGUGUUCUACCCACUUUUGGAAAAGCCCUGUUCAAAAUUUGUGUCAUUUGAACAGUCAAGUAACAUUCAUCUUCUUCUCAUUCAUUUUUAUACAAGGGGAAUUUAAAAUAUGCUUAAUCAAAAGUGUUCACUGAACAAUUGGAGUGUUAUUUGGGUUCUACAAACACCUGUGGUUUUAGACCCAGAGGUGGUCUAAGCAGCAUUUCAGAAGUCUUUGUGUAUACUUUUUAUUUCUCAUUGUCCUCACCUUCUCUGAAAAGAAUGGCUGACAACCUUUCCUUGUGAUAUCUGAGCUUUUAAGAAUGUUGUUUUAUCUAUUUUUUAUGACCAACCUUACACUUGUUAAGUGUAAUUUUGACUUUAUGUAACAUAAAAAACCUGUGAUAGGGUGCUCUGUGAAUUAACAAGAUUGGCUGGACAAAAGACAAGAAAUCGUUUAAAAACAAAUAUUCACAUUAAAUACCUUGGAUAGGUAGGCCUUCUGGGGAUUUUUCUCUAAUGCAACAAAAGCACACCAUUUCUGUUUUCAGAAAUAGUUCCUCUCAGAUCCAGAGCUCGUCUAAAGCCAUAUUACAUAAGUAAGGGCUUUGUUUGUACAUUGGCAUUUUACAUCUUACAAUCUUACUAAAUCCUUUUUUGAUCAAUCUGAUAUUGAACAGAUCUAUAUUGAUUUCUUGUACACUUGUUUAUGGUAUUUGUUUUGCUAUAUCUAAGAUUAAAAGCCAAAUUAACAAGUGUAGUCAAUUUUCUUAGUGAUAAAGAAAAGUCCUCUAGUACCCUUAGACACAUUCAUCUAGGGAUUAAAAAAAAGACUUAAGUGAAGAUGUUGUAACAAAUGGAUCGAUUUAUUCAAUCACUGGGCGGAAGAACAUUAGCUCUGGGAAAGGGCUUUCCUCUAAGAGCUUUAGUUACCGAGUUUCUCUUGUGUUGCACCAAAUGAUUUGCAUUUUUAGAGAAAUUUCAUGUCUGCAGCGAGUUCCAGUGAAAACAUGAAUAAAUUGCUUUUCUUUCUCUC